AUGCUAAGCUCCGACCCGCAACUCUCCUCCCCGCCGCCUAUGGAGGUGCGCACUCCAUCCCGUUCCGUACCGGCACGCGCAUUACAAACGCAAGCCAAAGGCCCGGAUAAUGGAUACGUCUCCCCACGGCAGCAACUCGAGAGGCAGUCAUACACAGCACCCAGUUCACCACUCCGACACAGCCAAACCUACACACAUUCUCCGUCGCGGUCACAGUCACAGGCGCAGCCCCAGCAUGGCUUGAACGGAUCACGCCCGCCACUCUCGCCGUUGUCAGAAUAUCACAGCGGCUUUGCGGAUGAGGACUUGGGUUCUCCUUUCGGCGGAGUGAAGACUCAUCAGCGUCAGAGCUCCUUUCCGAACCUACUACCACUCUCGUUCAAAAGUAGGACGCCGUCACCGACCAGAAAGCCGCACAGCCGAUCGCCGUCGGAACAGAUGCCUUACACCGGUGAAGGGAGGACGACUGGGACCCCUCGAAGUGGGGGAGGGUUUGUGGGGUGGUUGAGUGGCAGCGCCGGAGCAGCAAACGCCGUCGACAUGUCUCAACCACAAGAGCCGUCUAAGUCGGUUUCGACUCCUGGCGGGACGCCGACCCAGCAACGAGAAUCAUCCAGUACCCCCAACACCACCGCGCCAAAUCUAGAGACGCCCAAAGCUCCCACGACAACCGCCGCAUCCCGCUUCAUGUCUGCGCUAUCAGCCCGCUUCAACACCACGCCCACGGGGAGUCCACCUACCGCCAAGUCCACCCAGCAAGAUGAACUCUUGACGAUCAACCUCGAGUCAGCCCUCUUUCCCCCCACACCGUCUUCCCCAUCGGGGCAGCGCGACUCGUUCUCGCCGGCCGCCUUUAAGAAUCUGCAAAUGAAUGCGAUGGGGCUCCUCGUUAAGCUGCAAAAUGCCUACCGAGAACAGACCACCACCCUCCGCGACCUACAAGCCGAGCGGUCAGCACAGAAAGAUGAACUGGAAGAGGCGAUCACCCGGGCGGCGCACCUAAAGGUACAACUCGAGGGCAUGGCGCGGCGAACUCAGGAGCAAGAGGAAGUCAUGAAGGGUCUGAUGGGGGAGUUGGAAUACGAGCGAAAUUUGAGGGCCAAAGCGGAAGCGGCCGCGGCUGCAGGCUCGAUAAGAAUAGCGCCAUCGGAAGGCGAGGGGGGCUCUGUAGUAUCAGAAGAUCUUGGGGUGGACGAAGAAAGGAGACGACGCCGGCGGAUAAGAACGAGUCAGGGGAAGAGCUCAUCAGGCGAGGAUGAGGAGUGCACUACGGACGACGAGAACGAGAGCGCAGAGAGUGAGAGUGUAUUUUCGAGGUGUCGCAGCCCGGCGCUGCCAUUGCAGUCGCCACUGAACACCAACGCCCCGGCGAGUGUUCUGGAUACCGGGUCUGUCAGGGGGUUUACGGAAGGGUCCAGGACUCCUCAGGCUAGGAAUGCCGGGACCGGUUCGGCUAGCGGUACGCCAAAGCAAAAGGCCGGGCCCCCUAUGAGCGCGUUUCGAAGGAUACUGGGCGGGAUCUCGGGGGAACCGGCCGAGACGUCGGGGUGUACAAACUGCAAAGGCAAGGACGCAAGUGUGGCCUGGGAUACGGUGGGACUACUCAGAGACGAGAACAGACAUUUAAAGACGAGGGUUGGGGACUUGGAGGUGGCUGUCGAAGGAGCGUUGGAUUUAGUCAAUGGGAUCGGCCUUUGA